AUGAGGGUCACCACCAUCGCCGUCGCAGUCCUCGCCGGACUGGCCGAGGCCCAGCAGCAGCCCGCCCCUCCCGUCUCCCGCGACAGCCGUCCGGCCGACUGGCGGCCGCCUCAGCACGACUUCCCUGCCGUGCCCCUGGACCCGGUGGUGACUGCCGUCGAGACGCCCGUGCCCCUGGAUCCGGUGACCGCCGUUCAGACGACCGUGUCCCGGGUCUUCGUCCCCUUCCCCCGGCCGACCUGGACCUGGAGCACCACGGUCGUCACCGUCACCCAGCCCUGCACGACCUCCUCCAAGACUACCACCCCGUGCUCGACCUCUAAGAAGCCCACGACCACUCCAUGCCCUACUUCUAAGAAGCCUACGAACACUCCAUGCCCUACUUCUAAGAAGCCUACGACCACUCCAUGCCCUACUUCUAAGAAGCCUACGACCACUCCCUGCCCUACUUCUAAGAAGCCUUCGACCACUCCCUGCUCUACACCCAAGAAGCCCACGACGACUCCUUGCGCCACCUCUAAGAAAUCCUCGACCUCCACCAAGAAGACCACCACUCCCUGCAAGUCUUCCACUUCCACUUCCAAGAAGCCCACAACCACCCCGUGCAAGUCUUCUUCCACCUCCAAGAAGUCCUCGACCUCACACAAGAAGACCACCAAAAUCGUCACCUCCACCCGCCGCGACAACGCCACGAUCCCCUGCACAUCGGCCACCAAAAAAGUAACGACAUCUCACAAGCCCAAGACCACGACGACCGCCAAGCCCAAGACCUCCACCGUCGUCAUCGUCUCUUCGCAGCGCGCCGUCCCGCCCCCCUCCUCCGCGUCCAACCCCCCCGCCGUGGUCUCGUCCCAGCGCGCGGUGCCGCCUCCAUCUUCUGCUGCCGUGGUCGUGUCUUCGCAGCAGGCCGUUCCCGUCACCCCCAAAGCCUCGAGCACGCCUUGCCCUACGGUUACGAGAACCCGCUACCAUAACAGCGCCGUCACUGUGAAGAAGCCCGGCUCUAUCCCCUCGCAGUCUCCCGCUCAACCUCCCGCUCAACCUCCUGCGCAGCCUCCCGCGCAACCCCCGGCGCAGCCUCCUGCUCAACCUCCCGCUCAACCUCCCGCUCAACCUCCCGCUCAACCUUCCGCCCAGUCUCCCGCCCAGUCUCCCGCUCAGCCGCCGACCAUCGGAAGCAAACCAUCCACGGUCGCCACCGCAGGCGGCAACUACGUCAAGGCACCCCUGACCCUCGCCGGUGUUCUGGUCGUCGCCGCCUUCUUCUUCUAG